UUUUAAGUACACGAAGAAGAACGUAGGCACCUUUGGAAUAUGGAUCCGAAGCAAAUGGCUUUUUCAUAGCUCUACCAAGGACACAAUAUCCUAACAGGCCCUUGAAGAAAAAAGAGCAACAACGAUGGAGCAGGCCGAUCACUCAUACAUCAACUCCUCGUUUGAGCAGAUCAACAGCGCGGAGUUCACUUAUAAGAUGAGUGAUAAAGAAAUUGAAGACUUUGUGAAGUUGAGAAUGUCAAACGAUCAUCUCUUCACUGGAAGAAAAAAUAGCUCCAAGUGGGCAUGGAGGUCCAUCCUUAAACACAUGGGCUUACACUUUAAGAUGAACCAUCGUCAAGCAUCUAAAAAAUGGGACAACAUGAAGAAGAAGUACAAGGAGUUAAAAUAUCCUCCACCUGGUGUGAAAAUUGUUUCUCAGUGGAAUUAUUUCUAUCUGAUGGAUGAUGCCAUGGAGGGUCGGCUGCAGGACAUGGCCCCUGUCCUUGAGGGCCUUCCCGACAGCACCAAUAAUAGUGAUUUCUUACAAGUUUCCGUCCCUAAAAGGAGAAAGGUUUUCAAAGAGGGCGUCGCCUCUCCUGCAGGUUUGAUAACCAGUGAGCCAGAGAUGGAGGUGUCACUAGAUGGAGACGAGGAUGCAGAGGAUGCAGAGGUGCUGGAAGAUUACAAUGAGAUGGAGCAUGUCGAAGAAAAGAUAGAACUGGUGAAGAACAGCGAACCACAGAUGGCAAAAAGAGAAAAUACGCUGAUUCAAAGGCAGGGGGCAAUGAUGGACAGGGAAGUUGCUGCUCUGGACCGAGAACGAUCUUUGUUGGAGAGGGAAAGAGUGAUGAUGGAGAGAGAGAAGGUGACAGUGGAGAAGGAGAGGGCAGUGAGGGAAAGGGAGGUGAUGGAAAGGGAAAAGGCAGUCUUGGAAAGGGAAAAAGGAGUGAUGGAAAGGGAAAAAGGAGUGAUGGAAAGGGAAAAAGGAGUGAUGGAAAGGGAAAGGGCAGUGAUGGAAAGGGAAAAAGGGGUGAUGGAGAGGGAAAGGGCAGUGAUGGAAAGGGAGAAGCUGAUGAUGGAGAAGGACAGAGACACUUUGUGCAAGGAGCGUCAGGGUCAGGACAAAGAAGAACACAAGAUGGGUGAGAUUUCCUGCACUUGAGGGAGACAUCUAAUUUAAAACUCAGCUUUUGCACCCUUUUUGUGCACCCACGUGGGUCUACUGCCUCUGUAAACACCCCAAACACGACAAAACCCCAUCCAUCCGUUUUCUAAAGAGAAAACAAAACAGAUGCAGCAGAAAGAAUCAGGCAGGAUUCUAAAGUAUACAAAAACGUCACUCCUCUGGCAUACCUGACACCUGUCACACCUCGGUCACGGGAGGAACAGGUAGAUUCACUGGUGACCGCCACACAUGCAGCGAGAGAAUUCACAGCCCCUCUCUGUUGCUGCUUUCUGAGGGCGAGAACCGGAACGGAUCAGGUUGGUAGCGAGACUGCGAUGUUUAAAAACAGUUUAUCCGACUGUUGGAUGGAAGGAUUCAUGAUGACUUAUUUAAAGAGUUUAAAUAAGUGGUUUCUUAGGUUGCCCCACUUGAUUUGUUCAUAUUGAAGUGCCUAUUUUUGAUAAAUCGCAUCUAAAAAUAUACACACACAUACAGUGCAUUUGUUUUCCCGUAUUUCGUUAUGUCACAGCCUGAAAUCUAAAUGGGUUAAAUAAAAUUCCUGCAAAAUCUGACUGCAAAUACCUCAAAAACACUUUUUAUGUUUGAAGUUUGAAAUGAGGCUGUAAUGUCAAAAUGUGUAAAAAGUCACGAGCUGUGAAUACUUUCUGGAUUUUCUGUAUAUAAAUGAAAAACACAGCUUUGUUUUUUAUUACCAAGCUGCCUCUUGACUGUACUAAAGGUAAAGAACCACUACUAAAAAGGCAUUUCGUCCUUUGUGUAAAAAGAUUUUUGACAAACGUUACAUUUCUGUGACCGUUAAGUUGUCAAUAAAAACAUCGAGCCGCCUCCAGAUGGGAGAGGUCUUCAGGA